AUGAAGCGCAGCAAGACACCAAGGAACGAAUACUUCCGAUACCAGGUGCUCCUCUGGCGAAUCGUUGGAGCCUUGGAUAUCAGCGAGGGGAACUACUGGAGUUGGGCGAUGCUGUUGAACUUCUUUGUUUAUUUUUCAACGGUCCUGCUGAUAAUGUCGCUGUUCAGCUACGAAAAUCCGAUAGAUAACUUCAGCCUUACGAUCAUUUCGUUUGCGACGCUCGUAAGGUUAUUGCUGUACGCGGCCCAACUCACCAAACUGGUCGAGAUCGAGGAGCUAAUUGGCCAACUGGAUGGCCGAGUUUCUGGGAAUGAUGAGGUAGUCCACCAUCAAAAGAUGACCAAGCACAUGGAUAGGAUGUCCAAGCUGUUCCUGGGAUUAUACGUUUCCGUCACUGUGAACAUAGGGAUUUCGUUUCUUUUGAAGAAUGAGAGGAGUUUGCCAUUGCCCAUGCGGGUUCCCUUCGACUGGGAAAACUCGAUGGCAGCUUAUGUUUGGUCGUUGUUUUUAGAAGAAAUUGCCAUAUUCUUUCAAGUCAUGGGAAAUUUUGCUGGGGACUCCUUUCCACCCGUAGCACUGGGCCUUGUUUCCGAGCAAUGUCAGUUGCUGAGCCUGCGCAUCUCAAACCUCGGAUAUGGUUCGAAAACCCUUAAGGAAAAUGAGGAGGACCUAGUGAACUGCAUCGAUGACCAGAACACACUCUACAGCUUAUUACGGGUGAUCCACAGCUUAAUUUCCUAUCCCAUGCUGGUACUGAUAUUUGUGAAUGGCAUAAAUAUUGCGAUUGCCGGUUGUGCCCUAGUUUUCUAUGUGGAAACCUUGGCGCAACGCGUUUACUACGUGUGUUUUCUGCUGGCCUUCGCCAUGCAGACAUAUCCGCUGUGCUAUUAUGGCACCAUGGUGAAGGAGAACUUCGCGGAGCUCCACUAUGCGAUCUUUUGCAGCAACUGGGUGGAUCAGAGCGCCGUCUUUCGAAGGAACAUGCUGAUCCUGGCGGAGAGGACCAAGCGGGAGCAGCGCCUCUUCGCCGGCGACCUGCUUCCCAUCCACUUGAGCACCUUCAUGGCCUGCUGGAAGGGAGCCUAUUCCUUCUUCACCCUGAUGGCCGACAGAAAUGCUCGGAGCUCUUAG